AACUUAGCACGCCGACGCGUCUACUAUAUUAAUAAAGAAGGCUUCCUACUAGCCUUUAAAAACGCUUUUUUUAAUAUAUUUAUAUAUAAGAACUGUAAGAAGGCCUUUAAGGCCUCUAAAUUAGUUCCUAUUAAUAUGCAGGUAGUUUUUAAUUGCCUUAAUAUACGGUUAUAG